GGCAUCAUCGGUUUACAUCAUCACCAAGCGCCUGCUGUGUACUCUACUGUGUAUGUGUGUACCCGUGUGUACCGCAUCUGCUUUGCUCAAAAGGCUAAAAACUAGAAACAGACCCAUACUCAAAGCCUGUUGUUCACAGACUUUGCCAAACCGUGUGUCACUUGUUUAUUGUCUGGUAGGCUAACUGGUAUAUUUGUAAGAGUAGCAGUGGACUUUGUCUUGCUAUCUCCACCUUCUGCCACAGUGUGUUAUGUGUUGCAUUUAGCUAACUAACUUGGCCAGAGGAGAAGAUCUUAGCAGCUUGCUCAGAGAAUGGACAGUGAAAUCCAGCGAGAUGGGAGAGUCCUGGACCUCACAGAUGACGCCUGGAGGGAAGACAGACUGCCGUAUGAAGAUGUCACCAUCCCUCUGAGCGAGUUGCCUGAGGCUGAGCAGGACAACGGAGGCUCCACAGAGUCUGUGAAAGAACAAGAGAUGAAGUGGACAGACCUCGCCCUGCAGAGCCUGCAUGAAAACACACCGAGCACCGGCAGCUGAAAGACUAAUCUGGACUAAUAAAGACUAACUGUAAGACAGAAAAACACAUGCACAAGGACACCGGAUUCAGACAUGUUAUUCACCUUCUCUUUGCAUUGUAUUGUGUCUUUUGAAGGAUUUGCAGGAUGUUCCACUUUCAGCUAAGCAGAAUUUGUGCAUACAUGUAUUUCGCAUUGGUAUUGGGUUUAUAUUGUAGUCUUUAUGAAUAUUAAAUAACAACUUUGUAAUAACAUCAAUGGAAAAGAGUCACU